CCUUUGAAAGAGACAGACGAGUCUCAUAAAUGUUAAAUCUGGAAAUCUGAUGCCUAAAUUAUUGUUGGGUAUCAAAAUUCUCUCUCUUUCUCAGCCUAUUCUCUACAAAAUCGUUCUUUCUAGAACUAGUAGAACCCAAAGUGCCUAAACUCUGUUCCAAAUUCCAAUUCGACAAUUCUGAUAUUUCGGUAUGUCCAUCUAGCUCUCUCUAUCUGUUUUUGCUCUGCUUUUCUUUUUCCGGGAAAGUUGAUUCCUUUACAUUUUUUUUCUUUAAGAAAAUCGUCUUGAUUACCACUCGGACAAACCACCGAUAUUUUCUCCCAGAAAACAUGGGUUUAUCUUAAAAGAAACCAAUUCUCUGUCUCUCUCAAACCUUCCCCUUAUUUUCCUACACUUUGUUGGGCUUUCUUUUCCUUCAAAACCCAUCAAAUUCUGAUCCUUUUCUUCCAUUCUCCGGGUUUUGCUUUCUGGGUUUGAUUUAACUUGAAGAAUUAACGUUGAAUUGCUGUGACUUUUUGCGAUAAGUCUGUUCCUUGAAUUUCGAACAAAGCAGAGCUAGAGUUUUCUUUAAGGUUAGUGAAAAAAGAAGAAGAAAGAAAUAGGGAGAGUGUGCAAAGGGAACUGAAAAACAACCAUUCCUUUGGUACUGUUUUUUUUUUUUUAUUCUGUCGGAAACAAUUGGCUGGAAUUCAAACUCUCCGGUGUACGGAAAAGUUGUGGAAUAGAGCAACAUUGCCAACGAAGAAACUCUGUGAAAGAGAGAGAGAAAGAAAAAAGAAAGAAAAGAGAGAUAGAUAUUUAGUACCCGUGAAAUUUGCUGUCAAAAGGUUAAAAAAUAGGGGUCUUUGUAGAAUAAAUUCGCAUUUCCCUUUUUUUUUCCCUAUAGGUAGCUCUCUCUCUAACAGGGAAAUCAAAUCCCGUCAAUUUCUCUCUCCCUCCCUCUCUCUCUCUCUUCUGUUUUUGUCUGUUUUCUGCGUAUCCUCUGUUCUCUUUCUGUUUUCUGCGUAUCCUCUGUUCUCUUUCUGUUUUCUGCGUAUCCUCUGUUUUCAAGAGAGAAGCUGAAAGUUUGUCCAACUAUUUUCUGCUUCUUUCUGUCUUUAAAAUCUCACUAAAAACCAUGAUUUAUGAUAAAGGGCCAAUGCAAUCAAACCUUGAUUGCUUCCUUCACUGCACAACCCCUGUGGUCCAAUCCCAAUCUCUUCCCAAGACUGAGAUUAGAAACCUUAAUCGUCUAUGGCAUCCAUGGGAGAGAGAAACAGUUGAAUAUUUCACCUUAGGUGAUCUUUGGAAUUGCUAUGAUGAAUGGAGUGCAUAUGGGGCUGGAGUUCAGGUUGCCUUGAACAACGGCGAGACCUUAGUUCAGUAUUAUGUGCCUUAUCUCUCUGCAAUCCAGAUUUUCACAAGCAAUUCGUCUGUACACGGUUUGAGGGAAGAGACUGAGUCAGGGGACUAUGAGACGCGGUCCUUUAGUGAUUCGUGCAGCGAUGAGAGCGAGAGUGAUAAGUGGAGAUGGGAGGGAUGUUCGUCAGAGGACGGAGGGUCAGAGCAAGACAAUCUUUGUCACCCAAAUGAUAGAUUGGGGAACCUUUAUUUUCAGUACUUUGAGAGAUCAACUCCUUAUGGAAGAGUUCCUCUAAUGGAUAAGAUAAACGGCUUAGCUCAAAGAUAUCCUGGCUUGAUGUCAUUGAGGAGCGUGGAUCUUUCACCAGCAAGCUGGAUGGCAGUUGCUUGGUAUCCAAUAUAUCACAUUCCCAUGGGAAGAACCAUAAAGGAUUUGUCCACAUGCUUCCUCACUUAUCAUACCCUUUCAUCCUCAUUCCAAGAUAUGGACCUUGAAGAUGACCUUGAGAGUUCUGAUAGGAAGAGAAAGGAAGGGGAAGGCAUCUCUCUUCCUCCAUUUGGUUUGGCCACUUACAAGAUGCAAGGAAACGUGUGGAUAUCGGGCAAUCGUGGUCGGGACCAGGAGAGAUUGGUGUCACUUUUGAGUGUGGCAGAUUCAUGGCUAAAGCAAUUAAGGGUCCAGCACCAUGACUUCAACUACUUCACGGGGAUUCGGAGUGGCUAGAAUUACAACUUUAUAUGAUUCAGUUGGAAAGGAUUGACCAUUAAAAUCCUCUUUUUUGGAACCAUGGUUUUGUGCUCUUGAUCGGAGUUGAGUGUGAGGAUUUUGAUUGUAGUUUGACACUUCUCAGCAUUGAGCUUCAUAUAUAGGCUUUACUUAAGGGCCAGCCAAAUAUGUGAGAUUUCAUCCCAACGGUAUUUGAGGUUGAGUUUAACUCUCUUUGCUUUCUGUUUAGGCGGUAAAUAGGCUGUUUGUUGUAGAGAGAUAGAGAAGAGGCUUCUUCCACCAUGUAGUUUUAUGGAUUGUGUAACUAAUAUAUUCCUCUUCACCAUACAAA